AUGACAUUAACAGAAGAAACCAAACCGUAUAUCUUCAAGAACCCAGAAAUCGAAGAAAACGAACAUCCGGGAAGUAUGGUUACAUUACCGUAUGGAUUUGGCCCUCUUCCCCCACUAGCUAAGAAUAAGAAGAUUUUCUAUUUCGAUAUUGAUAACUGUUUGUAUAAUAGAUCAACUAGAAUUCAUGAUAUGAUGCAGGUCAAAAUACAUAAAUAUUUCAAAGAUAAUUUACAAUUAAAUGACGAAGAUGCUCAUAAUUUACAUCUGAACUACUAUAAGACGUAUGGCUUGGCUAUUGAAGGGUUAGUUCGGAAUCAUGAAGUAGAUGCAAUGGAAUAUAAUGCAGUCGUCGAUGACUCUUUAGAUUUGAAGUCGGUAUUAAAAUAUAAUAAGAAAUUGAGGGAACUGUUGCAGCAUAUUAAAGAAACUAAUGAUUUUGAUUACUUUUGGUUGGUGACUAAUGCCUACAAGAACCAUGCCUUACGGGUCAUUUCCUUUCUUGGAUUGGGCGAUAUCUUCGAUGGUUUAACAUUCUGUGAUUAUGCAUCGUAUCCAAUCCUCUGUAAGCCAAUGAAUGAUUAUUUUUAUAAGUGCUUUAACCUAACACAGGUAGAUUAUAAUGAUCAGAAUACAAUGUCCUAUCAAUACUUUGUGGAUGAUAGUGAGCUUAAUGUGAAGGCUGCUCAUAAACUACACCUUGGUAAUGUGAUUCAUUUCAUAGAGCUUGAUGCAGAUUACGAAAAAAUUAUAUCCAAGCCUGAUUUCUUUGAAUAUUAUGGUAAGGGCGAUAACACUGACUCCUCGAAGAUUAAAAUUAUAAGAGAUAUUUUAGACUUAAAUAAAGCUUUAUAG